CGAUCCCUUAUUCCCCCCAAUAAUCUUGGAAGCCGUUCUGCAUUCUGCGGCUUCUAGAAUAUGCUGAUCUCUUUAUUUAUUCUUUCCUUCCGCUUGAAUUUUUUAACCUUUUUUUUCUUGAGUUCUAGACAUUAGAGUAGACUUAAUAGAGUUUCUUAAUACUCAUUACACUCGUUGCUCUGUCGCCUCAUCGCUACAGUAUUGUAGCUGUCAUUCGCUUUGCUAAUCAAUUAUUAUUGGUUCUUGCUACUCGUUAUAAUACAGUAAUAUACAUAGAAGAUGCGCUUCGCUACAUCCGUCCUCGGCCUCGCGGCCGCUGCCAACACGGCCCUUGCUGCUACCGCCGCUAACACUGGCAUCAAGGGUUUCAACUACGGAGCCUUCUUCCUUAACCAGGCUGCUAAGCAGCAGGUUGAUUUCGAGUACGAAUUCAACCGCGCCAAGAACCUCCCAGGCACGAGCGGAUGGACGAGUGCCCGUCUGUACUCUAUGAUCCAAUGGGGAACCGCAAACAGCGUGAUCAGCGCCAUCCCUGCGGCCAUCAACACCAAGACGAGCCUGCUGCUCGGUCUCUGGGUUUCCGGUAGUGACCAAGCCAUCACCAACGAGAUUGCAGCUCUCAAAGCCGCUAUCAACCAAUACGGAUCCGCAUUCACCAACUUAGUUGUCGGUAUCUCUGUCGGUAGCGAAGAUCUCUACCGUCAUGACAACAACGAAGUUGGUGUUGGUCCCCAGAAGCUCAUCGACUGCAUCAACCAAGUCCGAAACGCCAUCGCUGGCACUCCUCUCGCGGGUAUUCCCAUCGGCCACGUCGACACCUAUGACUCCUUCCUGAACGGAACAAACCGCGCCGUCAUCGACCACAUCGACUGGCUCGGCUUCGACGGCUACCCGUACUGGGAGCAGACCCAGCCCAACAGCAUCGGCAAUGCGCAGAACCGCUUCUACGACGGACUGAACAAGACCAUCGCACUCGCCAACGGCAAGCCCGUCUGGGUUACUGAGACCGGCUGGCCUGUAGCCGGAAAGACCGUCAACCAGGCCGUGCCCGGCGCCGAGAACGCCCGCAUCUACUGGCAGGACGUCGCCUGCACCCUGAUCGCGCGCGGCAUUAACCUGUGGUGGUACGACCUUCAGGAGUCCCAGUGGGGACAGGCCUCGCCCGACUUCGGCAUCUUCCCCGCCGGCGACCUUAACACCGUCAAGCCCAGCUACGACCUCUCUUGCUAAACGCCAGUAUUAUGAAAAAAGAAAAUAGGGAUACAACUGUAUAGACUUCCUUCGCAUAGAUAUUGUAAUCGCCAUUGGGUCCCUAGAGCAGGCUUGGCGUUAAUACCCCUCUUGUUCAUAAGCCGUCUGGGU